AUGGCUGCCCGUGAACGUGUGUUCGGCGGACUAGCAUUACUCUUCUUUCUUCUGUCUCUGCUGCUAUUCGUUGGACUAUUGUACUUGUACUUGAGCAGUGAGAAUGAAGACAUAUGCAUGACACCGGGUUGCAUACAAACAGCGUCGGUGAUUCUGUCAUCGAUGAACUCCUCAGUGGAUCCGUGCUCGGACUUCUACGAGUACGCAUGCGGACAGUGGAUCCGUGGACAUCCAAUUCCAGACGACGCGCCUUCUGUUAGUAACUUCGAAAACCUUGGACAAGACUUGGAAUUUGCGUUAAAGGAGCUGCUCGAAGAAAAAAUUGGAAGAGAGGAGAGCAUUGACAGGGAAAGUGCCAUUGGCAAAGCAAAGUUCUUCUACAAACUGUGUUUAAACGAAUCAGAAAUUUUCGACAACUGGCGAACAACGUUUGAUGAAGUGGUUGCGACGUUUGGAGGCUGGCCAAGUUUAGGACAUCGGUUACAAGAAAAUGUAUCUAUCGAGAGGCUGUACGGUGAUAUGGUGGCAAAGUUUCGGGCCGAUUCCCUGUUCAAGGCUACAGUUCAACCUGACGAUAAGAACUCGGAGAAGCACGUUUUAUUAAUCGACCAGCCAGCACUGAAUCUGUUUGCACGCGAUUUCUACGUGCUUGCAGAGAACGAGGAGCGGUUAGCGUACCUUCAACUAAUCAGAGAUGUGUUGGUUUUGCUACAUGCGCCUUCAGAAUCAGCGACAUUCGACGCAGAGGAGAUCAUUGAAUUCGAAACGGCACUAGCCAACAUAACAAUGGCUGAUGACCAACGUCACGACAUCGCUGAAUUGUAUACGAAAAUGACACUUGGACAAAUGGAGGAACAACUUCCAAAUUUCGAAUGGCAACUUUUCUUUAACCAGGUGUUUAGGGACAUUACCGACAAGAAUGGCACACAGAUCUCAUUUGAUGAACAUGCGGAAGUGGUCAUCUAUGGUGUGGAGUUUCUUCGAAGGCUGGACAAGUUGCUGCCACAGUUUGAGAAAAGGAGAGUGGUCAACUACCUGGAAUGGUGCUGGUUCUUCAAAACAAUGCUGAGAGAUUUACCAGAUCCUUUUGCUCUGACCAUUUUCAAGUUUUACAAAACUCUUAAUCUUAUGAACGUGCAGAAGGUUCGCUGGCAUGGUUGUGUGACUAGGAUCAACAGUUUGAUGCCAAUGGCGACAUCUUCCAUCUAUGUGAGGCAUCAUUUCGACCAUGAGGCAAAGAAGCAAGUCGAGGAGAUGAUUAGUCUCAUUAUGGAGGCAUUUGUGGACUUGCUCGUCUCGGAGGACUGGCUCACAGCAGAGACCAAGGAGUUUGCGAAGCAGAAGGUUCGCACAAUGAAGCAGAAAAUUGGUUAUCCGGAUUACCUCAACGACUCAAAAUCGGUGGAUCACGAGUACCGCAUGUUCCGUGUUUACGAUGGAGGAUACUACAAAACGAAGUUCCAGUUCUACGAGCAGUAUCAGCGUGAUGUGCUGGAGCGAAUAGCGCAGCCGGUUGACCGCGAACGAUGGGUUGCCGGCGCUGCAUUGGUGAAUGCCUUCUACAGUCCCAAUACUAACGAAAUAAUCUUCCCUGCUGGAAUUCUGCAACCAGUCUUCUACAGCAAGGAUUUCCCAUCCUCAAUGAACUUUGGUGGAAUUGGAGUGGUGAUUGGCCACGAAAUUACGCAUGGAUUUGAUGAUAGAGGCCGGCUCUACGACAACCUUGGGAAUAUUCGGCAGUGGUGGGACAACGUCACAAUCGCCAAGUUUGAAAAGAAGGCUGAAUGUAUAGAAAAACAGUACUCAGAUUAUAUGCUCGAGCAGAUAUCGAUGAAGAUAAAUGGAAGAAGCACUAAAGGAGAGAACAUCGCAGACAAUGGUGGUCUUAAGCAAGCCUACAAGGCAUACAAGAAGUAUCAGCAGUCGCACCGUCCACCUCCUCGACUACCAGGAGUGAAUCUGACCCAUGAUCAACUGUUUUUCCUUAACUACGCCCAGAUUUGGUGUGGGACGAUGAACGACAAGGAAGCUGUUCGGAAAUUGAGGACUUCGGAGCACUCGCCUGGACCAAUUAGAGUGAAAGGUCCGCUGUCUAACAGCGUCGACUUCGCUAAAGCGUUCAACUGCCCCGAAGGCUCGCCGAUGAACCCUAUCCACAAGUGCCGGGUGUGGGGGAGGAGGUGUGGCCUCGACUUCAUUCUCUCCACUCUUGCAUCUCGCCUUCUUCCUAGUGAUAUGAUCGCACCGUGGUUGAUUGUGCUAUGUGUCACACUGGUCACCGUUUCCGGCAGGUCACAGACGCGAGACCUCGCAGAUAUACAGUGGUUCGAUUCGGUCGCUUCUAAAAGAGAUGCAGGAUACUGGAACGACUGCGAGUUCAGCCCGAUGAGCUGCCUGUUAAGAAGACGGAGAUCCGCGCACAGAGUUUUACAAUAA